GCAGCGGCCAAAACUUUCAUUUCAUGUGCGAUUCAAGAACCCACAAAACGUCUAAACUGAAGUAUAUACUGGUUUCGCCGUGUCUACAAUCAAGUAUGAAACCAUUUGAGUGCAACUCAUUCCACGCAACGAGUGGCGCAACCCGAUGUCGUCGUGUACACUAGGUUUAAUCCUCUCUCCCUACAUCCCAAAUUCCGGGACGACCUUUUAUUUCAAAUAUGAGAAGUUCUACAUCGGAAAUCACUGUAUCAUAUAAACGAAUAAAACACAAAAACGAUGUAGCAAACACACGUUAUCAACAAAUAUAAACGCAGGACAGCUUGGGCGGGCAGCAGCAGCUUAGCUGUGUGGCGCAAUUGCUGAGGACGGACAAACGGCUACGGACACGCGCUAUUUUGUAUAUCACAGUGCGGCAAGCCAAUUGGUAAAUUCUUAGAACUGUUUGCGAAAUGAUGCAUGUGAUACAGCAUCCCUGCCAGACAGCUCAUGUUGAAUGCUGUCAGUGAAGGAUAACGCGGGUGACUGUAUCAUUUCCUUGUGAACUUCAUUGGUAAUGUUGAUAACACGAUGAUGUAGCGCUGCUAUCUCCCAUGUCUGUUUUAUUUGUUUGUUUAUCAGCAGCCACACGAAUCACACGAUGUAUUCCGUGCUGCUGCGCUUUUAAAAUCAGCCGAACGCACAACACUACGCUACCACUGCAGAGUGUACUAGUUAUAAUCCACAAUGAUUAAAAAUCUUGUAGGUCUCGUGACAGGUGGUGCAUCUGGACUGGGAAAAGCAACAGCAGCCCGCCUCGUGCAGCAAGGCGCCCGUGUUAUUAUUUGUGAUCUGCCUACAUCGCAGGGUGCAGCAGUUGCAAAAAAAUUAGGUGAAAAUGCCUUAUUUGCGCCUGUAGACGUCACCUCUGAAAACGAUGUUCAAAAUGCUCUCAAUGUUGUGAAGGAUAAGUUUGGGCGCCUGGAUGUUUUGGUCAACUGUGCCGGCAUUCUCGUCGCUGUUAGGACGUAUAAUUUCAAUAAAAAACUAGCACAUAAGCUGGAAGACUUUACAAAAGUAGUAGCAGUAAAUACUAUUGGAACAUUUAAUGUGAUUCGUUUGGCGGUAGGUUUGAUAGGAGAAAACCAACCUAAUGAAGAUGGCCAGAGAGGAGUUGUUAUAAAUACGGCCACUGUUUCAGCCUAUGAUGGCCAAAUAGGUCAAGCAGCUUAUUCUGCAAGCAAGGGUGCUGUUGUCGGAAUGACACUACCAAUAGCGAGAGAUCUAGCGAUACAAGGCAUUCGUGUUUGUACAGUUGCCCCAGGUCUUUUUGAUACUGCACUGAUGUCAGCACUGCCUGAAAAGGUUAGAGCUAAUUUAAUGAAUAUGGUACCAUUUCCGAAAAGACUGGGUAAGCCAGAAGAAUUUGCAAUGAUGGUGCAGUCUAUAAUAGAAAAUCCUAUGUUGAAUGGAGUGGUGAUCCGUCUUGAUGGUGCCAUUCGAAUGCAGCCGUAAGGUGACACACUGGUAUAUGACAAACGAGAAGCAGCAGACUGGGAAUAUGUUGUGUGUGAUUUAUCUUUCAUAAAUGUAAUGAUUAUUUUUACAUGUCAAAACGCAAAAUAAAGUUUUUGAAAAAAAUA